CCGCGCCGCCGUCCUUGCUGCCGCAGCUGCACCAACUGCACCAUGGAGUUACGAUCGGCUCAGCAAGCCGUCCUCCAGCUCCUGCGGACCGUGGCUCCCGCCGACUUGUCCGCGCUGCUCCAGUGGAUGCGAACCACCCGAGAUUUUGAUGAGCUCACUGCUGAAAAUAAUGAUGUCAUAUUGAAAAGCAUCGCAGAAGACCUUCGCAGCUGCUUGCCUCUAGAAACUAUGCUCUCCUCAGAACAUCUGGCCAUUCGAAAAUUACAGGAGCAGCCAACACCUACAGUUCACGUUGAUGCAUUUCUUUAUGAUGAAGAUUUUAUUGAUUCAUUAUGUGAAAAAGGAAAAAUGAGCAGAAACUACUGUACAGUAUGCGGCUCACACCAGACAGCACCUUUAGGUAGGCACUCAGGAUUUAUUUCUCACUCCUUCUCCCUCAUGGAAUUGAAGUUCAUUUAUCAUCACGUACUCCCCGAUCUGUCCGGAAAGAUCUUGGUGGAUGUUGGCUCCAGGCUUGGCACAGUUCUUUAUGGGGGUUAUCUGUACAGUUCAGCAGCACACCUCUAUGGAGUGGAACUGAAUGGAGAUUUUUGCCAGUUGCAGGAAAUGGUCAUACAGAAAUACCAGUUCAGUGACAGAAUAAAGGUGCUUCACGCAGACAUCUGUACCCAGGGUUCACUUCUGCAAAAUGCCGAUGUCAUUAUAAUGAAUAAUGUCUUCGAAUACUUUCUUAAUGAGGCAGAACAGGCCAGAGCCUGGGAAUACAUCAGUCAUAACGUAAGGAAGCAAGGAUCCUUAUUAGUGACGGUGCCAAGUCUGGAGGAGUCUCUCUCAGGUCUUCAGACUAAUAUACAGUUAUCCUCCUGGGUUGAAGAGCUACCACUGAACUAUGAUGUAUACCCACAAAUGGAUAUUGACAGAGAAGCUCUUGAGCAAAUUCACUUAUAUAGGAUUUUAUAGCACUAAAAUAGUCCUACCUCAAUAUAAGGUCUCAUCAAGUAUGUUACAGAACAGUGAGAAAGAAACAUAUAUCAAUAUUCUAAUACAUCUCUUCCAGUGUGAUUACAUGUUUGUAAAUAGUUGUAUGUGUGUAUAAAAUAGUGCAUAUGUGUGUAUAUACAGGUACACAUGCAACUGUUUUGUGUUAAAGAAUUAAAAUAUUCAUCUGAA